AUGGCUAUCCCAAGUGUUGUUGAGUCAACCAAUGCGGGUGUUACUACUAACAUGGUGGAGAACCCGCUGGCUGAGCUCCUUGAAGUCCUCGGUAUUGCUGAACCCUCACUACUACUAUGGUUAUCUGCCGCAGAGUUAGAGACUGCUAUGGAAGGCCAACCUCUUAGUAAGAAGGUCUAUCUACGACGUACCCUCUCCACCUAUAUAGACGCCGAAGGCCCUAACUCUCAAGCUGCAAGUCUCUCUCGAAGGCCAGCAAACACAGUACAUCCACAGCAGGUUACAUCUUCUGCUCCCACUGUGCAGGUCUGCCCUCAAGGAGUGCCCCAGACCUCUCUCAUGCAAGGUCAACAACACCCUUGUAACAACGACAUCACCAACGUGGCGUACUGGUGCGAUCUAUCUUACAACUAUGACAAGGAGAAGGCGCUUGAUACAACAAAGGCCAUCAAUGCUGUUUCCCAUAUCAAGUGCCCCGACAAGGAACAAUACAAGGGGAACUCUGAUAACAGGAGUAUCAACUACUUCUUGAGUCUUGUCCGCUGUGAAGCGAAGCAAACAGCGCUGGGCCCUCGAUUAUCGUACAUCUAUCUAUCCAGCUGUCUUAGCCAGUCGGUCAAGAGGAACUUACAGAUCCACUUGGAAACUACCCAGAGAAAGAAAUGUGCCAUUGUAGCCAUUAAACCCUUCAUACUUCGGGUUGGUAAAUACCUCGGAAGAAAGCAGCACUAG